GUCGGUGACAGUGCGUUCAGGCAUUGCAUAAGCACGCCACUGCACACGUAAAAUUCUUGAACCUUACAUGCAUAUCGAAACAAACGAUUCCUGCUCCGCUCGGCUGCAGGUGAACUGUGCCUUCUAUUUUGUUAUUAUUGUCUCCGCGUCCGGUUUCGAAUCCUUUAGAAAGCAACUCGAAGGUAUCAACUUCGAAAAUCAGCGCCACAACGCACCCGAUCCAAGUUGUAUUGACGUCUCGAAACGUCUGUAAACUCGCAUAGCAGCGAACAUGGAAGGCGCAUUCAGCAGCAGCGAUGACACCGCAAAUGGCUUACAAUGGGAGUGGUGGAUGCUGGUUCUUAUUGGGUUCAUCGGGUCUGCCGUGGUAGUGGGUCUGAUUGUGGGUGUUUUAUGCCUCGUCUGGCGCUGUUGCCCUCGCCGCUCAAGUCGUGAGUGCAUUCAGAACCCACUACAAGUAAAAGCGCAUACCACCUCGCCGGUGCACAGAGAGCGCCGUACAUCAGUGCCGUCGCAGAUCUUAUCGUUUGAGAGCGAGGCCGAAGUAGGCGCGGCACCGUCGUGUGGCGGCUCAUACGCAGAGUCAACCCUUGACUUCAACCCCGUCUCUGUAUGGAAAGAUUGGGCGGAGGAGGGGGAGGCGGCGAAUGUGGUGAAUCGAUCCCCCUCGCUUAGUCCACUGCCUCCCUCGGACAGGGCGGCUGCAGAGGCGGCAGCAGGCACCCCUGCCGCGUCCACUGAAGGGACCUCAUCUUUGUUCAGCAUGAACGUCUUGGAACGCUCUGCGCCGCCGGAGGACUUCUUUGCCGCCGUGAGGAGCGGCGAGAGUCCGAAGAAACGAGUGCGGCGGCAUCGCAGUGUUUCUUCUCUCAUGGAGAUGGGUCUCUCGCAUGAUGAGAGUCUGCGACUGCACCUCAUGCGGCACUCCAACACCUCUGAUCCGGCAUUUGGCACUUUUGUGAAGUCCUCGCAUAGUAAGCAUUGA